UCGGGAACUGGAAAACAAAAGAUCCUUCGAAACAAAACAAUCCAGUGCAGUUUCACCACGUAGAAGCGCCAGUGAAAGGAAUUUGGACUGCAAAUUUUCCGUUCUAAAACGCGUGAUUAUCGUAAAACUUUCUGAAAUUCCAAACCAUGAACAGCUGUUUUCAAUUGUUGGCGUGAAUAGUUAAGUGUGCGAACGAAAGAAUCGUGUUUAAAAUGUGUUGUGUUUGUGGAGAACCGUCACCCGACCUGAAAAAUGGUCUCACAAAGCAAUCCCGCUCGGCAGCAAGGAGGAGCGCAUCCAAGAAAUGGCGCUACCAGAUGAAUAGCUUUCACUAUUUCGUCAUCUUUGCCAGUGGGUCGCUGUUUUCCGGGUUGAUGUUUGGGCUGUUGACGUACGCUCCGCGAUAUGUGCUACUGCCAGCGAGAACGGCACCGCAUCAUUUGCCGGAUGGAAAGUUUCUUCAGAUUGCGGAUGAAGCCCGAGUGCUAGAACCGUACUUUCCCGCCGUCCGGAUGGGAGUUAACAAUGGCAGUGGGAAGGUGAGAAGUGAGCCGCCCGAUACCAAUGAGCAAGAGGCGCUGAGUUCUUUGAAGGUGGCCAUUGAGAUGAAAACGGUGGGUAAGGAUGACAAGGCGGCCAGAUUGUUUCAGCACGCACUGGCUCUGUCGCCGAAACAUCCGGAAAUUUUGACCAAGUAUGGUGAAUUCCUGGAGCACAACCAGCAGGAUGUCGUCAAGGCGGAUCAUUACUACUACCAGGCGCUGACGGUGAAUCCGUCGCAUUCGGAAGCGCUGGCCAAUCGGCAACGGACGGCGCAAAUCGUGGAACAUCUGGAUCAGAAACGGUUCGAACGGUUGGACCAGAAACGGGAUGCUUUGUCGUCGGUGUCGGACACGAAUAUGGCAUUGAAGAGGGCGGAGAAGGAGGCUUACAUUCAGCACAUUUACCACUCGGUGGGCAUCGAGGGCAAUACGAUGAGCUUGGCGCAAACUCGGUCGAUUCUGGAAACGAGAAUGGCCGUCGAUGGGAAGAGUAUCGACGAGCACAACGAAAUUCUGGGGUUGGAUGCGGCUAUGAAGUACAUCAAUGCGACGUUGGUUAACAAAAAUGAUUUCAUAACUCUAAAGGACAUCCUGGAAAUCCACCGACGUGUGCUAGGUCACGUAGAUCCGAUCGAAGGUGGCGAGUUUCGUCGAACGCAAGUCUACGUCGGUGGUCAUGUGCCGCCCGGUCCUGGAGAUUUAUCCAUCCUGAUGAAUCGUUUCGAGAAUUGGCUCAAUUCGAAGCAGGCGUUCCUGUUUCAUCCGGUCAAAUACGCAGCAAUGGCCCACUACAAACUGGUCCACAUCCAUCCUUUCAGCGACGGCAACGGAAGAACAUCGCGGCUUCUGAUGAACACCCUGCUAAUGCGAGCCGGAUAUCCGCCGGUUAUCAUUCAGAAGCAGCACCGCCAUAAAUACUACGACUACCUGCAGGUGGCCAACGAGGGCGACAUUCGACCAUUUGUGCGGUUUAUAGCGGACUGUACCGAGCGGACGUUGGAUCUGUAUCUGUGGGCAACGAGUGAACUUUCGCAUCCGGUUCCGCUGCUGGCGCAGGAAAACAUGCACGACGGAGUUCCGCUGAUCAAUGGUUUUGAGAAAGAAGAGCCCACGAUCGAAGGGAGCGGGGCAGGCGAUGCCAUUCGGAUAGGAACCAUUUGAUAUUUGCUUGCCUCGGUGCUUACAAUUGCGAUCGUGAUCCUGCUGCUGCGCCAACACGCCCAACCAAUCGUAACGCUAGUUGCAAUCUAGAUGAAAGCGAAUGUUCCUUCUGCCUCGAACGAAACCAAAUGCCCGGGAUACCGCCCGUGGAAGCACGGCGGAGAGCGGUGAGUACCUACCUAUUAAUAUAUCGCGUAGCUAAAUCAAUUCCGUAGAAUGAUGUUAGAGAAAUCAGAAAACAGUUUUUAGAACCAGUUCUCAGAUUCUGAGCAAAAUUUAAUUCUAGUUGAUGAAUGCGAACGAUCUAAUGUUACCAAAAAUCCUAAAGAUCAAAUGGUUAGGUUUUGUUCUCGCCCCUCCCAAGUUUUAAUGCAGUAACCCUAUUAAUGUUUAGUGUUUUAUAUCUGUUUGUAUAAAUUGUAAAUAAAGAGUUAUGUUUUAUUGAAAGAAAUAUUUAUAUCUAAUUAGCUUAAACAGCAGCGCUUCGAGAUGAUAUGAAGACGCGCAAACGUCAACGAUUUCAUAUUAGCAUUUAACCGUAUAAGCGCACAAAUGCGUGUGUAUAAUAACAUGUUUUCUUGCAUUCCACGUUGUGUUUGGAGCGUUUAUAAAGAAUUUAAAAAAGCGCAAUAAAUUUACCUUCUUAUGUUUGUUAAAAUCCGUUUCACCAAUCUGGAUCAUUUUUUUAUGUCCUAACAUUUUAUUUCACUUUCACAACAUUUAUUUCCUUCUUAUCUCUAAAAUUUAUGAUUUAGUUAGUUUAAUUGUAAAACAUUUUAAAAAGUCUACCACAUUGAUCCCAUUUAAACAGAGGAUCUCUUGGAUGCCGAAUUUGUUAUCUUAAUGUUGUAUACUAGUACCCAUAGAGCAGUAGUAUUUAUUGAUUACAAACUAUCUAUAACUACAACUAGCAAAGGAGAUAAAUGACAAUUUACCCAUUUGUAUAUGUAUGUGUCUGUGAUUUUGAUAGAUAUUUUUAAAAUACAUACACACUUUGUUGAAGCACUAUUGAAAAAACAA